UGAUUAAUAUUUUUUGUGAUUGAUUCUUUUUAAGGAUUGUUGAUCCAUGUUAUAAAAUGUUUUAGCAGAAAAAUACCAUGAAGGGAACUUUCAUAUUGCUUUUGUUUGGGAUUGGUAUAUGUUUGGCCAACCCUUUGGAGAAGAAAGAAAAAAUAAGCGUUGUCGAGCAGCAAUCCGUAAAGCUAACAGAUCGAGCUAAGUACGAGGAAGAACUUCUUCGUAAACUCAAUUCGAAAUGCUCCCAGAAUGACAUCAGUAGUUGCGUGAUGUUGAAGUUGGUGACAUAUAUGAACAAGUUGCUGAAGAAGGCUUCGAUCGAGCUCACGGACGACAUUGAGAUUAGGAAGACGAGUCAAACGUCGGAAGAUGUGAUCACAUUUGAGGCCGGCAGAAGCAAGGACGAUGAGCUUCAAAUUCUUGAUCUCGUUGCGAAUAAAGUUUACGCCUUUAUCAAAUCGAGAAGUAUCAAGUGGAGAAUUCUACCCGAAGACGACAUCGUCGUAUCCGCAUCGGAAGAUGAAACCGGUUCGUUAAAUUUGGGUCUAUCUAUUGAGCGCGCCGACAGGCCUGUUCAAGAUGGCCGUGGAAAGAAGAACAAUAUGGGUCCAUUAAUCGCCGCAGCCGUUUUGAAGAUUGGUCUCAUCGGCGGUCUCGCGUUCAAGGCUCUCGCCCUCUUAGUCGGCAAAGCUCUCCUUUUGUCGAAGAUCGCGCUUCUGUUGGCCAGUAUCAUAGGCCUGAAGAAACUCUUCUCUCAAGGGAAGCAUGUAACUUAUGAGGUGGUAGCGCAUCACGGCCCAAGCCAUUCCUUCGACCAUGGCCAUGGCGAUAGUUACUCCAGUGGUUGGGCGAGAAGUUUCCGCGAACAAACGCCGAUUCCUGGACAGCCGGAUGCCCACGAUCUGGCUUAUGCGGCGCACGUAAAGUGAUUAAUUCUUACUAUUGGAAACAGGAUCCAAAUAUCGCCGAGAUCGAUAUUUAAGACGAAAAGUGCGACGUCCUUGGAUCCACAAACUUAUUCUUAAAUCAACUUUAUAGAUUUAUUCCAUAUAAUAUUUAUUUAUCCAUAAUUAUUUAUCCUCCUUCUUCUGUCAUUUUUCUCAAUGUCAAUAUUGUGUGAUCCCCUUUAACUCUUUUUUAAAUACUGUUACAUUUAAAUUUUUGAACAAUUGCACGACGGCAUGAACACGUUAAUGUUCACGACACACAGCGACGCAUGUAUUUAUGACAAUGACAACAGAAUUUCACAGUACGAUUUACGGAUACACAGGCAAAUAGGCAGGAAGUUGGAUGCGUACACAUUAUCUUCCAUGCGUACACGCAUUACAAGAAUCUUACCUACUUCCACGAAACUCUAUUUGCGAAUAUAAUUGCGGAUACUGCGAGACUCUCGUCAUUAAAAUAUCAAAUUACGCACGAGCGUUAUAUUCUUCUCACUUCUCGCAUUACAGUAUUUAGAUCUGUGAUAUUUCGAGAGCUUAGAAUUAUGUUCACAACGUGCGUUAAACGUUAAACGUGAUUAUUUUACUUUUAGUUUGUAUUUUUGUAUUUUCUCAUAUAUUUGACGCUAAAUAUAACUGUCAUUUCAUGUUGAAUAGAAGCUUCAGUCUACAUGUAUUAAAAUCAGUGUCAAAGAGAAUAUACUAUGAUUCUAUUUAACGUUAAAUAUGCGGUUAAAAUGAGAGAAUACUGUUCUUUCCUUUUUAUUAUUUUGUUAUGUAUUAUGUUUAUUUGAUAUUUAUAAUUUGUUUAUAUUUAUAAGAGUACUUAAAAAUUUUUUUUUAUCAAAGCUAAUCACUUUUAACGUUAAAUGUUGUUUAAAAUCAGAGCAAAAGAUAUCAUAAAGUGAGAUCAAAAUCAAAAAAUUAUCAUAGAAUGAUGUGAUAUCAAAAGCUCAAAAACUUUCUAAGCUCUUUACAUCGGCUUUUCGAAGACUUCUGUAUAAUUUUAGUGUGAUGAAUCGUGAUGGGAGAGGAGUCGGAUAUUGUAAAAUUCUUUCUAUUUUUGUAAAUAUUUAGUAAGUAGUGAAACAAUUACAUUCAUGUUGUGUAAUUAAUUAGACGAUUACUCCUUUGUGCUUUAAAUAUGAAUGCAUUAUUUUCAA